AUGACUGAACACGCCAACGGUGCUUCUUCCUCCUCCAAGGUCCACAAGGUGGUCAUCAUCGGCUCGGGUCCGGCCGGCCACACUGCCGCCAUCUACCUGGCACGAGCCAACCUCGAGCCCGUGCUGUUCGAGGGUAUGCUCGCCAACGGUCUCGCACCAGGAGGACAGCUGACCACCACCACCGAUGUCGAAAAUUUCCCCGGUUUCCCCGACGGCAUCCGUGGUCCCGAGAUCAUGGACAAGUUCCGCGCGCAGUCGGUGCGAUUUGGAACCGAGAUCCACACCGAGACCAUCUCGAAACUCGACCUCUCGUCACGACCUUUUAAGUUCUGGCGCGAGUAUGCCGAGGACCAGGCUCCUGAACUCACGGAGACGCUCAUCAUUGCCACGGGAGCCAGCGCCAAGCGCAUGCACUUGCCCGGCGAGGACACGUACUGGCAGAGCGGUAUCUCGGCGUGUGCUGUUUGCGACGGUGCGGUUCCCAUCUUCCGCAACAAGCCGCUCGUCGUGGUGGGUGGCGGUGACAGUGCGGCCGAGGAGGCCAUGUACCUCACCAAGUACGCCUCGCACGUGCACGUGUUGGUGCGUCGAGACGAGCUGCGUGCAUCCAAGAUCAUGGCCAAGCGUCUGCUGGCCCACCCCAAGGUGACAGUGCACUUCAACACGGUCCCCACCGAGGCCAAGGGCGAUGGCGAGUUGUUGCAAGCGGUGCGCGUCAAGGACACCAAGUCCAACGAGGAGCGCGACAUGGACGCCAACGGUCUCUUUUACGCCAUCGGACAUCUGCCCGCCACCUCGCUCGUCAAGGGCCAGGUCGAACUUGACAGCGACGGAUACAUCAUCACCACGCCAGGCACCGCUCAGACUUCGGUCAAAGGUGUCUUUGCUGCCGGUGACGUGGCGGACAAAAAGUACCGUCAGGCGAUUACCAGUGCAGGCACCGGAUGCAUUGCUGCGCUCGAGGCAGAACGUUUGUUGGCUGAGGAGGAGGUGCUCGACCCUGUGGAUGCUGCCGCUGCCAACCACUACACAGGCACUGACAAGGCAUAG